AUGCGCUGUGGACGUGUCUCUUUGCCUACCGCCCGCGCAUUCGCUCCCCUCGCGCGCAAUCGCUCCCCCCGUGAGCAAUCGCUCCCCCCGCGCGCACUCGCUCCCCCCGCGCACACUCGCUCCCCCCGCGCGCACUCGCUCCCCCCGCGCGCACUCAAUCCCCCCUCGCUCACUCGCUUUCCCCGCGCGCACUCGCUCCCUCCGCGCGCACUCGCUCCCCAGCGCGCAUUCGCUCCGCGCGCACUCGCUCCUGCACCGCGCAUUCGCUCCCCCCGCACGCACUCGCUCCCCCACCGCGCAUUCGCUCCCCCCGCACGCACUCGCUCCAUUCGCUCCCCCCGCGCACUCGCUCCCCCCGCGCGCACUCGCUCCUCCCAUGCGCAUUCACUAGCCCCGCACGCACUCCCUUUUCCGCCGGCAUGCACGCACCUCCCUGCAUUCCUUCCUUUCCGCCCCUGCAUCCCCUCAUUUCCCUCCCUGAAUCCCCUCCUUUCCCUCCCUGCAUCCCCUCCUUUCCCUCCCUGCAUCCCCUCCUUUCCCUCCCUGCAUCCCCUCCUUUCCCUCCCUGCAUCCCCUCCUUUCCCUCCCUGCAUCCCCUCCUUUCCCUCCCUGCAUCCCCUCCUUUCCCUCCCUGCAUCCCCUCCUUUCCCUCCCUGCAUCCCCUCCUUUCCCUCCCUGCAUCCCCUCCUUUCCCUCCCUGCAUCCCCUCCUUUCCCUCCCUGCAUCCCCUCCUUUCCCUCCCUGCAUCCCCUCCUUUCCCUCCCUGCAUCCCCUCCUUUCCCUCCCUGCAUCCCCUCCUUUCCCUCCCUGCAUCCCCUCCUUUCCCUCCCUGCAUCCCCUCGUUUCCCCCCUGCAUCCCCUCCUUUCUCCCCCUGCAUCCCCUCCUUUCUCCCCCUGCAUCCCCUCCUUUCUCCCCCUGCAUCCCCUCCUUUCUCCCCCUGCAUCCCCUCCUUUCUCCCCCUGCAUCCCCUCCUUUCUCCCCCUGCAUCCCCUCCUUUCUCCCCCUGCAUCCCCUCCUUUCUCCCCCUGCAUCCCCUCCUUUCUCCCCCUGCAUCCCCUCCUUUCUCCCCCUGCAUCCCCUCCUUUCUCCCCCUGCACUCCAUCCCCUUCUUUCCCUCCCUGAAUCCUCUCCUUUACCCACGGCAUCUCCUCCUUUCCCCCCCUGAAUCCCCUCCUUUCCCUCCCUGCAUCCCUCCCCUUUCCCAUCCUGCCUCCCUCCCUUCCCUUGCAUGCCCUCCUCUCCCCCCUCACUCACUCGUAACCGUCUUCCCUCUAGAAGUUGUGCAUGUAGUGCCAUCACUUGCUUAA